CGUGCUCAACCGGGCCGUCAUUACAUCAGCUGGAAGUUAUAAUAUGUAGUAAGCUGAGGCUUUUUUUUUACCGUCAGAGGUGAAGUGAAGAUUAAUGUUAAUCGACCCCGAAUUCUUUCUCCGUUUGUUUUCGGUGUGUAGCGGCGUGUUCCUGAGGUAAAAGAGGGAGAGAGAGGGGGGAGAGAGAUAGGACAGAAGGCCAGAGCUCUAAUGCGCUCUGCUGUGGUGAAACUGCUAGCUCGAGCGAGAUAACCACAGAUAAACAGACGCUAGCUCGCUGAAUCACACACAGCGCUGUAUAACGGGACUCUCUCUGUCGAAGCCGAAGAUGUGGCGUGUGCUGGUGUCCGGUGCCGUGCUCUUUCCCGGCUUGUUUCUCGCCUUUCGUAAAGUCCUACCGGCCGUUUUUAAGCGGUGGACCGAGGCGGACGUCGUGUUGGUCAGUGAGAGGCUGGUCUCCUCCAUUCAUGCCAUUAUGGCCACAACAGCCGGGAUCGUCGUGGUGUCCUCAUGUAGGGGCAAUGUGAUAACAGACAGGCACUGGCUGGCCACCUCUUUCGUAAUCUGGUACGGAGUUCCCUACAUGUCGUAUGACAUCUUUGCCAUGUACCUCAGCCACUACUAUCGUUUCCGCGUCAAAGGUCAUGAGGAUUACAAAGGGCACUCUUUAAGGACAGUCAACUCAUUUGUGAGGAAAGAGUUCCUGCUGGUCCUUCAUCACAUCGCACUCCUCACCAUCCUGCUGCCUAUUACACUGUUCUUUAGGAAAGAUCAGGGUGAUUACUUCAUUGGCUGCCUCUUCCUCACUGAGCUCAGCACACCUUUUGUCUCACUGGGCAAAAUCCUCAUUCAGCUUGGAAUGCAGGACUGCUGGCUGCACAAGGUGAAUGGAGGCAUGGUGCUGCUGAGCUUCUUUCUGUGCCGCAUUGUGCUUUUCCCCUACAUGUACUGGGUGUACGGCGCUCACUAUGGCAUCCCCGUCUACAGUGUGCCCUUCCAUAUCCCACUCUCAGCCAACUUGGGCAACCUGUGCAUCCUGGCGCCCCAAGUCUACUGGUUCGUCCUGCUCUGCCGAAAGGGCUACAGGCUCUACAAGCGUCAGUGCAGCGCCAAAAGCCAGGAUUCACCCUUAUCCCCAACAGAGCCACUUUCCAAAGCAGAGUAGAGCAAGGAAAGGUGGCAAGGCAAAGCAACAACCAACCCACGUCAACACCAACUGCUAGGAUACUCCAGUACUGCAACUGCUUCUACUAUCACUUAUACUUUAAAUGGAUUAUUAGUAUUUCUCUCUACUCUGCACAUACACACACAUACACGUACAUAUGGCUGUUACAGUGCUGCUCUGCUGCGUUUAAUUGGAGCAGACGCCUAGGUCAACCUCUGAACCACCCUAUCUGCAGCUCCUUAUGUCCAGGGGUGGGAGUGGUCAUAGUGAAGCCCCACCCCCUUUAUCUGUCUUUACAAUGGACAGAUAUGCAAGGAUAAGGAGCUAGAAGACAGCAGAUGAGUGAAAACAGCUAUGAGAGGGGAGUCCACCUAAAUAAACCAUAUAGGUCAAAGGUCUUGACCGUCUCUCAUUGCUGUUUAGAUACAGGAGUUUGGAAGAUUGUUCACAGGUUGGAGUGAAGUUACUAGAACUGUUUUUUCCUUCUUUUAUCUUUUGCGACCCCUCAAAUCAUGAUAUUCUGCCCUCCUCAGAAGUUCUCAAGGUAUGCAUUUAUGUAUUUUGGAGAGGUUAGGGUGGAAGAGUGCUGGAUUUCAGACAUCUAUGAGUGACCUCCAUAAACUUUUACUAAUCCUUUUGCACCAGCACUGAUUAUUAAGGGGGGACGUCAUCACACAUCCCUCCCUUCAUUAUAAUAUACUAUGUUUUCAGGACCUGUCCUCAUUCUGCGUUGUUUGGCCUUACCCCUUGAUUUUCACUCCAGAAGCCUCGGUGCUCCCCAUAGUAACCAUGUCCACAGCUGAAGUCCUGCUGUUUUCCUUUACGGUUGAUCGCCGUAGUUCUGUAUUCACACACUGCCCUACUGUAACUGUUAUACUCUUCCUCUACAUUCCUCAUUUGGAUCUCUUCAGCUGAAUCACUCCUGCGUCAUAUCUUUUGCCCCACAUUUUGAAGGGCUUCAGAAAACUUAUGACUCCAUGGGUCCUCAAGGGGGCAGUAGAGUUUCUGAUGACAUGUUUACAAAACGGACUUCAGGAGUCCACAACCAGGGAGAUGUUUCACAAAGCAGAGUUUCUCAGAUAACCAGAUAACUUGAGCCCAAAACAAUUCCUUUGGACAGUCCUAACUGUGGGCCCAAGAUAUCCAGUUUUACUGAAGAAAAGCCCUUCUUUGUAGAACAUCACCCAGAUGGUACUAGAGCAGUUGCUCUGUUGUCAUGGUGACGAGGCUACUGUGACAUCCUGGACUGUUACAUAGUGAGGGUGGGUUCUUGCAUAGGAGGAAAGGGGGCAUACAACACUUGGCAUAUCUUUCAGGUCACUUAACUCCUGGGGGGCAUCUCUGGGCAACAGAUAAAGCAAUAACACUGGAUGAAAGGCAGGUGAUUAUGGGUAGUUAGUGUAGUAGUGCUGUCAGAAUGGGGCCAGGCUACAGAGAGACUGAAAAGCUGCUCUUACUGUUGACCUCUGUAUUCCAGCAGAAAGAAAAAAGUGAUAUCCAUGUGGCUAUAAUGAAGUGCUUGUCUUGUACAUAGGCGAACUCUCGCUUCUUUCUUGGUAUUGUUUUGACUGACAAAUAGCUCAGAAAGUAGGUGCGCUUGGCAGGGGUUCCACUGUUGUCAUCAUGAGGCGAUUUAAUCUCUCUGAGGCUGAAGUUAGACUGCAAUCGACCGGUCUAUCCUCUGCCCACUAAUGCAUUCUUUCAUAGCAAGUGUUGCUAGGCUAGAUUGGACAGGCUUUACAGAACAGUGGGAAAAAUCAUAGUGCACUCAAAAUAGUGCAGUAGUACAAAUUAGAACUAGGCAGGUUGGAAACACCAAUGACAGAAUUUGCCAACAUGCAAAAGUAUACACAAAAAAACAUGCAUAUGAUCUAAUGUGCUACUGAUCUUUCAUGCAUACGAAAUAAAUAAUUUCAAACAAAACACGUAAUUCUCUGUAUUUUGCCAAAAAAAAUCAGUUCUAUUUUUCAGUAGGUCAAACAGGGUUCUUGUUGACAUUCUGUAGAGCUUGUUCUAGCUCGCAACACUUUCAAAACAACGCAUUUGUGGACGGAGCACCAACAGGUCAGUUAGACCAGGUUUUCCAGAGAUAGUUUAAAACUUUAGUCCCAGACUAAAAAAUAUUUUCACUAAUAAGUCUUGGAAACCAGCCUUUAUAGAAAUUUUCUCUUAUGGCACACAAUUAAAGAGGCGGCAGCUUCU